AUGGAGUCUUCAGGAUGUGCAAAUUCUGGUCUGCCACUACAUCUUCUAGUUCCAAUGGUGAGCAGUGAUAUCUCCUCUCCUUGUGAACAGAUUAUGGUGCGUACACGCUCUGUAGGGAUCAAUACCAGUGAUGUGGCACUUGCAACGGAACCAGAGUGUUUGGGGCCCUGUGAACCAGGCACCAGUGUUAACCUUGAAGGCAUUGUGUGGCAGGAGACAGAGGAUGGAAUGUUAGUUGUGAAUGUAACAUGGAGAAACAAGACAUAUGUUGGAACUCUGCUGGACUGCACACGCCAUGACUGGGCACCCCCCAGAUUCUGCGAUUCUCCCACCAGUGAUUUGGAGAUGCGGAACGGACGGGGCAGGGGUAAACGCAUACGUCCCAGCAGCAACACCCCCAUUGCAGAUGCCACACCAGCCCCUGAUAGCAAAGGCACUAGCAGCAGUAGUAGUAACAGCAGCAAGACUCGUGCUGGAGCAAACAGUAAGGGAAGACGGGGGAGCCAGAAUUCAGGUGAGCACCGUCCCCCAGCUUGCAGCAGUACGGAAGAUAUAAAAGCCAGUCCUUCCUCUGCCAACAAGCGGAAAAACAAGCCCCCGUCUGACAUGGAGCUUACCUCUAGCUCAGAAGAUUCUAAAGGAAGCAAGCGUGCUCGCACCAACUCAAUGGGCUCCUCAUCUACACCUGUAUCUGUAUCCCUACCAUUGACUGUCCCACUAAGCACUAUUAAGGUGGAGCCCCCUAUAUUAGACCGCAACUGUGCCUCUCCCAUUCUUAUAGACUGCCCGCAUCCCAAUUGUAACAAGAAAUACAAGCACAUCAAUGGCCUCAAAUAUCACCAAGCUCAUGCACAUACAGAUGAUGACAGCAAACCAGAGGCAGAUGGGGACAGUGAGUGUGGAGAUGAACCUCAACUUCAUCUUGAUAUUGGGGGCUGCAAUGGCUCUUUCGCAUCUCAAAAGGACUCUCUUUCACCUGCUCGCUCUACAACUCCAAAGGCACGCUUGGCUGAACCUCACAGCCCCCCUCCCUCAGUCAAAUUUGGUGGCAAGGUUGCGUGCAAGAAAAGGCUAGGUACAGAGGGGGACACAGAUCCAGGUGCUCUCUCAAAUGAUGGUUCAGAUGAUGGUCCACUAGUAGCUGAUGACACCAGCAAUGAUGGUUAUGAGUCUCAGGAGAAGCGGUCGUCAGAUAAGGAUGCGGCUAAAAAGGGGAGUGGGAAUAUCAAAACAGAUAAAUCCUCAUCAUCCAAGAGUGUAAAAUCUGCCAGGCCAAUUGCUCCAGCCAUAGUUCCUCAGCAAAUCUAUACCAUACAGGCUACCACCUUUACUGCCUCUAGCCCUGGCUCCUCCACUGGACUAACUACCACAGUAGUGCAAGCUAUGCCUAGCAGUCCCCAGCUUAAGCCUAUACAGCCAAAGCCCACUGUAAUGGGAGAGCCAUCUGGUAUCAAUCCAUCACUAACCCCAUCAAGGGAUAAGAAAAAGAAAGAUAAAAAGAAGAAAGAGUUAAGAGAGGAAGAGAAUCUCGGAAGUACAGUAAAAGCUAAUCGAACAGAGGACGGUAAGAGUCCCUAUGGUGACACUAGUGGUGAUCCUACAGGCAAAGGUGAAGGGCUUAUUAAUGGCUCCUCUGACUCUCACCAGAGUCGCCUUGCAAGCAUUAAAGCUGAAGCUGACAAGAUAUACAACUUCACUGACAAUGCACCCAGUCCUUCUAUUGGGGGAGGAGGAGGCUCUUCCUCCAGUAGGAUAGAAAACCCCAGCCCAGGACAGCCAAUGACCCCUUUGCAUGUUGUUACUCAAAAUGGUGCUGAAGGGGCCUCUGUUAAAACUAAUAGUCCAGCAUAUUCAGAUAUAUCUGAUGCAGGAGAAGAUGGAGAGGGAAAGUUGGAAGGCGCUAAGGCAAAAGACCCCGAACAGCUAGUGAAAGAGAGUGCCAAAAAAACUCUAUUCCCACCACAAACCCAGAGCAAGGAAUCACCAUACUAUCAGAGCUUUGAGACUUAUUACUCCCCCAACUAUGCCCAUUCAAGUCCUGGUGCCAUGAAUCCUGCUGUCCAAUCUGCACCUACACCUGAAAGCCAGCCCAUGAAAGUUAAAAAAGAAGAGGAUUUAGAGAUAACAGAGGUGAAGAUGAAAGUUGAGCCACCAGAGGAAAAGAAACCAGAACAAAUCAGCACAAGUCAACAACCAUCAGUGAUUCAGCAGCGGCCUAAUAUGUACAUGCAGCCCCUUUACUAUAACCAAUAUGCCUAUGUGCCACCCUAUGGAUAUAGUGAGCAAGGUUAUCAUGCUCACCUCCUCAGUACCAAUCCAGCAUACCGGCAGCAAUAUGAAGAGCAUCAGAAACAAAGGCAAAACAUGGAGCAGCAACGGAAUCUGGAGAAAAAGGCAGAGAUGACAAUGAGGGACAGGGAAUCAUCUAUGAAAGAGGAAUGGAAGCACAAACCCACUGUGCCCCCAACACUAUCCAAGGCUCCAAGCCUAACAGACUUAGGGAAAUCAGUCUCCAGUAAACCCAAGGACAUAGGAGCCGGGUUAGAUCCUAACAAGUCAGUAAUUAUCCCCAAGCCAGAGGACACCACCAAAAUGCCUGGACCUCAGACAGAAGGAUUGAAAGUAAAAAUGGGAGAAAGCAGUGGACAUUCAGGAAAGGAAACAACUGAGAUAAAGACUGGAACAGAGUGUAACAGACAGCCUGGCUUGGAUCCUGUGCUGUGGUACAGGCAGCAGGAGGCAGAGUCCCGCAUGUGGUCUUAUGUAUACCCCAAGUAUUCAGAUGCCUUGAAAGUAGAUGAUGAGCGGUGGAAAGAUGAACGAGAACGUAAAGCCAAGGAAGAAAGGAGCAGGAGCAAGGAGGGACUCAUUAAGGAAGAGAACAAAGAUGGGGCAAGUGUGGAAACUAAGGGACUACAGCCCACUGAAGACCCACGAGUGCUUUCUAAGGACCCCCGCACCAGUACCCAUGUGCCAGUCUCAUCUCCUCUUACUCAGCACCAGUCUUACAUCCCCUACAUGCAUGGUUACACCUAUAGCCAAGCCUAUGAUCCCAACCACCCAAGCUAUAGAGGCAUGCCAGCUGUUAUGAUGCAAAACUACCCAGGUAUUUCAACCCUGUAUGAUACAUUCAUAUUUAUUAAUAUACAUGAGCCCACACAUAUAUUUUAAAGAUAAAACCACACGUUCCAGUAG